AUGAGUGACGAAGAAAAAAAGGAUAUAAGUAGGGAGAAGUCUACCGAGGAAGUUUCCCCGGAAUUGACAGAAUCUAAAGAGGUUGAAUCUUUUAAGAAAAGACAGCUCGAAGAAGACAAUAAGAAAAAGCACAGAAAGAGACAUCAUCGUAGUAAAUACAGAGAUCUACCCACCGAGGAUGAACCUGAAGAGCAAUCAGAGGAAGAAGAUCCUGAUGAUGAUGUUGCUGACGAUAAGUUAAUUGUGGAAGACGAUGAAGAGGAUGAUUUGUCAGAAAUUGAUACAUCCAACAUUAUUACAGGCAGAAGGACCAGAGGUAAGGUGGUUGAUUAUAGUAAAGUUAGUGCAAAACUGGCAACAGAAUCAGGAAAGGGUGAGAAAUCUGAGGAAAAGAACGAAGACGAUGAAGAUGAUAUCGACUUUAAGCUGGUGGAGAAAUAA